AUGACUACUGCCAAAGGAAUGGCCAUAGGCAUUGAUCUGGGCACAACCUACUCGUGUGUGGGCGUAUUCCAGCAUGGCAAGGUGGAAAUCAUCGCCAACGACCAGGGCAACCGCACCACGCCCAGCUAUGUGGCCUUCACGGACACAGAGCGUCUGAUCGGCGACGCGGCCAAGAACCAGGUGGCCAUGAAUCCCCAGAACACUGUCUUUGAUGCCAAACGUCUAAUUGGCAGAAAGUUUAAUGAUCCUGUUGUGCAAUCAGACAUGAAACUUUGGCCUUUCCAAGUGAUCAAUGAAGGGGGCAAGCCCAAGGUGCUGGUUUCUUAUAAAGGGGAGCAAAAAGCUUUCUACCCGGAGGAGAUCUCGUCCAUGGUGCUGACCAAGAUGAAGGAGACUGCUGAGGCUUUUUUGGGCUACCCAGUGACCAACGCUGUGAUCACAGUGCCAGCUUAUUUCAACGACUCUCAGCGCCAGGCCACAAAGGAUGCAGGUGUGAUUGCAGGACUCAAUGUGCUAAGAAUCAUCAAUGAACCCACAGCUGCUGCCAUUGCCUAUGGUUUAGAUAAAGCUGGUCAGGGAGAGCGACAUGUCCUGAUCUUUGAUUUGGGUGGAGGAACCUUUGAUGUGUCCAUCCUGACGAUCGACGACGGCAUCUUCGAGGUGAAGGCCACGGCGGGCGACACGCACCUGGGCGGCGAGGACUUCGACAACCGGCUGGUGAGCCACUUCGUGGAGGAGUUCAAGAGGAAGCACAAGAAGGACAUCAGCCAGAACAAGCGCGCGGUGCGGCGGCUGCGCACGGCGUGCGAGCGGGCCAAGCGCACCCUGUCGUCCAGCACGCAGGCCAACUUGGAGAUUGAUUCACUUUAUGAGGGCAUCGACUUCUACACAUCCAUCACUAGAGCCCGGUUUGAAGAGCUGUGUGCAGACUUGUUUAGGGGUACCUUGGAACCUGUUGAAAAAGCUCUUCGGGAUGCCAAGAUGGAUAAAGCUAAAAUCCAUGACAUUGUUUUGGUAGGGGGUUCCACGCGCAUCCCCAAGGUGCAGAGGUUGCUCCAGGACUAUUUUAACGGCCGUGACCUUAACAAAAGCAUCAAUCCUGAUGAAGCAGUAGCAUAUGGGGCUGCAGUGCAGGCAGCC